AUUGGCUGAAGGCGGCCUAUAGGCCAUUGCAGGGGCAAGCGUUGAUUGGUUGGUUUGUCGAAGAAACGUCACACUUUUUUGAAUGGCGGGUUAACUUGAAAAAGUCUCCAGUCCAAUGCUAGACUACAUACAGGUGGAGACACACACAAACAAUUAAUUGGAGUCGACUAUAGUUAGAAAAAAAUAUUUAGCCUAUAGGGAAGAUUCAUAGUGAAUUCGACCACACAAUCUGGCAACCCUGCAGUCCACCAGUCUCUCAGCACCCUCUCUGUUGUUGUCAUUAGUCUCCUAUAACAACUGCACUUUCUCUCCACUGCACCAGCGCACUUCUCGUUUCAGUUCAAAAAAGAAACUCAAGGUUAUUAACUGACCACAAUUCUUUAAGACAUCUGUUACAGAAGAGGAUCCAGAGGUGACCCAACAACUUAAUCCAGGAAAAAGAUAUGGCCAACAGUGAUGGCAGAAAAUGGGACCCGUAUGAGACCUCACAGAAAAGGGAUUUUAUAAGCAGACCAAGUACACCGGUUCCAGUUUUACGGCCACCUACUUCCAGGGCCUAUAGAAAUUCAUAUGCUUUGGACGGACCCAUUGGUGCAACUGCAUAUAGCAAAGACUUUUGCUGGAAAACUCCAUCUAAGCCUGAGUGUGUCCGGACUGGGACAGCCUCUGGCAACAGGAGAAACAAUCCACACCCAAGCCAGGGUUUUAUGGUAUGGAGGCUUCCCCCUGGAUUGAAGCUUUGUGAAAACCCCCCACCAGAGGAUGAAGUAAAAAACGCUCUGUCUGCUCAGUACAAGUCAACAUACAGAAAAGACUUUUUGGGCAUCCCUCAAGGCAUCAUGAUGAAACGUAGAGCCCUAAAUCCUGUUAAGCACAUUUCAGAGGUCCCCCAGAGCAUCCAGACUGAGAUGAGAUAUAACUAUCGUAAGCCCGUUCAGAGACCUGAAUUUCAGGGAAAUAUAUCCCACCGUGAGGCAACAAAGGGGAUAGUCCCUGCAGUAGUUCCGAGGCAUAUCCACACCCAGGAAAGCAUGAAGUCUACCUACGACAGGCAUUUCUGUGGCAAAUCCACAGACUUUGCUUCAGUGCUCAGAUCUCUUCAGCCUGAUGAACUCCAGCACUUCUACAAACAUUUACCUGAAAAGGAAAAAAUGGUGUUGCAAACAUUUUUGAAGAAAACCCCAAGUCCCCCUGGUCAAGGAAAAAAAAUAAUUGAGCCAGUGGCACUCACGCAACCUCCUGCGGUGCUAGACAGGAUAUCCGUCUGGCCUGGGCCUCUGUGACUGAUUCUCAUGGUGUGCAUGUGUGUGGGUGGGU